AUGUCUGAGUUGUUUUUCUUGCGACACGGUCUAAGAAUCGAUCAUGCUUUGCAAGAAGAUCCGGAAGCACAACCAUUACUAGCGGAUUCCCAACCGUAUGAUCCUUCAUUAUCGACAGUGGCAGUUGGUCAAAUGGAAAAAGCUUGUGAUGAUUUAUUGGAAACAACCGAAGCAUUUCAAGAUAAAUCGGAUACAAGUAUUAGGAAAAACAUCUUCAUUCAUGUGAGUCCCUAUUUACGCUGUUUACAAUCGGCAGAUUUAAUGAUAACGUUUUUGAAGAAUAAAAUAAGUUCCAAAUAUCCAAAUUACAAAGUAAGAAUACAAAUUUUGGGAGAUUUUGCAUUAUCCGAAUGGAUUCACGAUAAAAUGAAAAAUAAACCGCCUUUUAUUGAUUCAAAUGAUGCUUAUCAAAUGUAUACUCCGAAUAUUAAAACAUUGAAGAAUAAAAAUUGUGUUUCGAACUUUAGGCCAACAAAUUCAUUGGGCCCAUUUAAUGGUCCCGAUUUAAAUUAUAAAGAUUAUCAAAAUCAUUGUAAAAGUUAUUUUAAAAAACUAUUGGCUACCUAUGAUAAACCUUCGUAUAUUAAAAAUAAAGAUAUCAUCUUAAUCAUAUCUCAUGGUUACGUCAUUAAUAACUUUGUUUCUUAUUUCAUAAAUCAUCCAAUAUUUGAUGAGAUCCCCGGAGCUAAAAUAAACUAUGCUAAACGAGUUAAAAAUGAUGAAAUAAAUGAAGAUUCGGAUGAAUAUGAUCCUUCUAAUUAUAAAUGGGUCUUGUUCAAAGACUCGCUUGACUUAUUUACUCCAGAUAUUGAUACUAGUUUGAAUCUAGAAACGGAUAUAGUCUAUUAUAAAACUAACUUUAUUAAAAGAGAUGAAUUAAAUGAUCAAGGUCCUCAAACUUCUAAAUCUCCCGGAGGAUUUUUAGGUAAACCCCAACUAGAAAAACCUAGACCCUCUUUUAAAAUUCCUCAAACAAGUAAUCAACAUAAUGCAGUUUCAAGUACUAAAGAAAAUCAUAAUAACCCGGCAAUUAUUAAAAAUUAUAAUCCUAUUUGUCCAGCGGCAAAAGAUUGGGAACCGGAUUUAUCUCUUCAAUUCAAAAUUAAAUCAGAAUUCCAAUUAAAAGUUAUUAAUGAUGAAGCGUUUAAAAAAUCUUUUAAUAUAACUAAUCGCCCAGUUAAACCAAUAAGUCCAGAAGUAAGUCCAAAUUCAAAACCAACUAGAAAUAACUCAGUAAUUGAUUUAAGCAAAUUAGUCGAUAAUGAUGAUAUUUAUAAGCCAAUGAAAUUGAAAUAUUCAACCACUUCCCAAAUUCCAAUUCAUAAAUUAAAUUCAAAAGUUAAUUCUCAAGUUAAUUUGGCUCAAUAUCAAAGAUCAAAUAAUUCCUCAAAUGAUAAUUCUUUAACUGAUUUACCAAAAUAUUUAAACUCAAUUCAAAAAAGAAGACGCUCUUCUUCAAAUCCAAUUAAUGUCACGGUGACUCAUAAUGCUAAAGAUUCUUACUUCCCCCUGAAUAUAAUUUCAAAAGUUAGAUCAACCCCUGAUAAAAGCUCGGAUUUUCAUACUUCCACUUCUCAAGAAUCUUUAUCUCCAAAUGAUGAUGGUGGAGUAAGUGACUUGAAUAGUGAUUUGGAUAUCAUUCAAGAAACUCAUGGUGGUCCUACAACUCCAGGUGCUUUCGAUGUAAAUCUGUUCAAUUUUGAAACUCCUUCUUCCACUCAAUCCCCGGAACCUUCAGAACUAAAUUCAGGUGAAGUAUCAGGUAACCUUGGUGCCGCAGUGGCUGCUGGUAAGAGACCAGUACCAACCCCACAACAACCUCCAAAUCCUUUAUUAAAUCGCUCAAAAUCUUUGAAUUAUAAAAGAGGUACUGCUCCUGCUAGUAGUAAAUCUUUAUCGCUAUUAGCUAAAUAUCAACAACAUCAACAAUCUCAACAAUCUCAACAAUCUAAAAACAAAAAUUCAAAAAAUUCUGAAGAUGAUGAUAAUGACGAAGAUGAUGACGAAGAUGAUGACGAAGAUGAUGACGAAGAAGAUGAUGACGAUAAUAUAAAUAAUAGAAUGUUUUCAUUAUCUUUUGCAAAUAAUAGGAAAGUCAUGUCAAAAAAUAAAUCACCUAAAUCUUUCGAUCAAUCAAGCUUCAAUGGUGAACAUAAAAAUCCAGUGAAAUUUUAUCCUUCGGGUAUUUCAAAUAAUAGGCCCGGUACUCCUCCUUCAACUUAUUCUGCUUUAAUUUCAACUACUCCAGUAGCCUUUGAUAAACAAAAUAGAUUUUCAAGUGAACGAAAAGUAAGACCCAUGUUUUAUCAAUUUGGUUCCAAUUCAAAUUCAAAUGAAGACUUGAGUACUAGUGAGAGUCCUGCUAAUCCCCAUAAUCCUAAUGAAGCUGACGACGAAAGUGAUGAUAGUUUAUCUUCGGAUGAUUCUAUAAGUUCUGAUGAUGAUGAUGUCAUGUUUAAUAAUCGUGACAAAAAUAAAGUUAACCAAGUUCCUACUCAAAAAACGGCGAAAUCUAAAGCCGAUAAAAAGAACUCCCAGUAUAUUUGGUUUGGUCAAAAUAGAAGCUAGCGUUUUCUUUUCUUAUGAAUUAAUAUAGCCC